AUGCAAUCAUCCGUUGGCACGACACGGGUAGAUACCCGAACUCCUGAUCGUUCCUCCUCAAGGAGCUCGGGUAGCUCCUCUUCUUUUGUCCCAAACACGGGAAGCACGGCUCGUGAUUAUUGCACCAUCGAACGCACGCUCCUCUCUUUCUCCCGUCUUGGUCUAGUUUUAUUCGUCUUGUCUGCUUCCCUGCUGCUCAAGGCCCGUCUGCCGGGCCCCGAAGAUAACAAUGACGAAACAGGCGGAGAGGCCGCUCUGCCCCUCGCAUCAGUAUUCUUAGUGGCGUCUAUCCUCGCUAUUAUAUCGGGCUGGAUGGGCUAUGAGUCUGAUCUACGAGGUCUUCGUGAGGAAAGAGCCUUUGUCGGGGGUUACAAAUUCACCGAAAUUGUCGUAGUCCUUGUCGCCAUGCUCCUUUUCGCAACGUGCCUGUUGUUACUGAAAGCCGACUAUCAAGUCAGUUGA